AUGAAGAAGCUGCUGAUAUCGAACUUCGCCCUGGUUGCCAUGGCCUUGCAGCUUGCGGAACCUGGCAGAGCGCCAGUUAUCAGGACCCAGGGAUCCACCCUGAAAGCUAUUCCAGGGAAGAAGGUCUACAUGGCUUGUGAGGCUUCAGGGGAUCCACAGCCGACGAUCACUUGGGAGAGAGAAGGAAUGCCUGUAAGUCUGUUUGGAAACCGGUUUUCUGUGACUGUGGGCAGCGAGGCGUUGCGGAUCGUCAACUUGCUGGUGGAUGACCGCGGUAACUACAGCUGCAUUGCCAAGAACCCGUUUGGCGUGGACAUCAUCACCGUGACUUUAGUGGUGAUGAUUAAACCAGAAUGCAAAAUCAUAUCUCCAACAAAUUUGACACUCAUAGAAUUGACCAAUCAGGAGUUAGUUUGCCGAUCACGUGGACUUCCCCAGCCGUCAUUUGAAUGGCUGACCAAUCAUCAUCAACGCAUUCGACCAAUGAAAUUUGUAUUUGAUAAUAUGACGACGAGUACAAGACUGUACUCCGUGGAACGACAGAUCGACGAGGAGAUGUUUGAGUCGGUGCUCUUCUUGCAGCCAGUGCUCUUCAAGGACCUAGGCGAUUUCGUAUGUGUCUCAUUCAAUGAGGUUGGCAGCAGCCGGGACACCGUGGCAUUAGAUGUACAUUUUCCACCAAAAGUGGUGUCAAGCCACCAACCGCAACAGCCAGUUUCUUGGUGGCUGGGACACACCGCAAAUCUCACCUGUGCAGUCACAGGAAAUCAUUUACCAGAGAUCACCUGGACCAGAGACGGACAGCGCUUCUCCUGUACUGCCCUAGAGGAGUGGGUUCGUGGCUCAGAGAUAAUAUCUACCUGCAUGAUCAAAGAUAAAAACACAGGUGGACCAGGUAACUACACAUGUAGUGCGGAAAACAGCCUCGGGAAAAUCCUUGUGCAUACUUUUAUUGUCCGUGAGAUUUUUCCUCCUCCUGAGGUAGAGAUUCUGCCAUUCAUCUCUGGCCCUGAUGAGGUCUCAUUAUCUGUAGCAGUGCCUCCUAAAGAAGAUUCUCCAACAGCAACACAGGUGCUUGUAUCCUACAGAUGGUACGCGGAGAAUGAUGGAAAGACUCCUGUUAAUGAGCACACGGCAGAUGUCGACGAUCAAGGGAAAGCCACUGUGAAAUUGCUGGACAUCAGUGGCGGCAGGGAUUACCUAGUCACGGUUCAAGCCAGAAACAUCGUGGGAUCUGGUCCAUCGACAACCAUUAUUGUCAACAGAGAAAUGCCACUUGACAAAGCUUCAUUACAACCACCAGCAAAGAAACCCACUUGCAUCUUAGAAGCAGGAGAAGAAAGCUACAACCCACAGCUCAAUUCCUCCAACAGCAGCAGCCCGGGGAGGAAUCAUAACCCAAACAACACAGAAUACAACCACGGAGACACCUUAGAAUAUUCCCGAAACAAAAGUUUACAAAUAUCGUUGGAGGUCACGGCAUCUCACAACAGCGCUAUGAUUGUACUUCCGGGACAGAGGUCAUGUUUAUCUCAGUGUUCGUGCCUUGUGUGUUUGGUUGUUUUGUUUUCGGGUUUGUUCUUGCUUAUAUAG